AUCACUUACUGCUAAACUGACUUGGUUUGCAUUGGACAGUUCUCUAUCAUGGAAUUAUUCUUCCAUAGUUCAGCGUUUUAAGAAAUUGCCUUUCUGAUCCCAGCAGGAAACUCAUAAAUAGAAUUGUCAUCACUGCUGGCAUCUGGAAUAGUGCUUCUGAGAUCCACACAAAGUGCCUUUUGAGGAUUAUGCUAAUAUAGCCAGCUGUGAUUUGGAGGAUACAAAGGCAAUUCCAAAACGUGGUCCAAAUAUGGAUAGCCAUUACCAAAACAACAUGCAAGGCAAUGAAAGAGAAAGCCAGCAUACCUAUGGAGAGCAAGGUGAGCAUGGCUACUCCUACCAACCUGAUUAUCCUGCCCAGGAUGAAGAUGCAGCCAGUGAUGCCACUGAAGGACAGGAUGAGGAUGAUCAGAUGUACGAGGGAGAAUAUCAGGGCAUUCCUCACCCAGAUGAAAUCAAGGAAGCCCGUCGUACUGCUCGUCGAGAAGCCAAGUUGAAGGCCAAGCUAGCUGCCUCGGAGGAGGUAGAGACAUUGGCUGAGCAGUAUGAAACCAUCAUGGAGGACUGCGGCCAUGGGCGCUUCCAGUGGACCUUAUUCACUGUCUUGGGGCUGGCGCUCAUGGCUGAUGGUGUGGAGUGUUUCGUAGUGGCCUUCGCUUUGCCAAGUGCAGAGAAGGAUAUGUGCCUGUCUAAUGCCAGCAAGGGCAUGCUGGGUCUGAUCGUGUACGUGGGGAUGAUGCUGGGAGCCAUUGUGUGGGGUGGUCUGGCUGAUAAACUGGGACGUCGUCAGUGUCUCCUCAAUGCUUUGGCCAUCAACUGCAUCUUUUCUUUUCUCUCCUCCUUCUCCCCUGGCUACGGCUUCUUCCUUUUCUGUAGACUCUGCUCAGGAAUCGGAAUAGGUGCUUCUAUCCCCAUUGUGUACACAUACUUUGCUGAGUUCCUUCACAUGGAUAAACGGGGCGAACACCUGAGCUGGCUGUGUCUGUUCUGGAUGCUGGGAGGCCUGUACGCUUCCUUCAGCGCCUGGGGAAUCAUCCCUCAUUAUGGCUGGGGCUUCACUAUGGGCACUGGGCACCACCUUCGCAGCUGGAGAGUGUUUGUGUUGGUGUGUUUCCUGCCCUCGGUGGCUGCUUUAAUUGGACUCGUGUUUAUGCCGGAGAGCCCACGCUACCUCCUCGAGAAUGGAAGGCAUGACGAGGCCUGGAUGAUCCUGCGACAUGUUCACAACACCAACUGGAGGGCUAAGGGUGAACCAGAGAAAGUGUUUCAGGUUUCUCAGUUUAAGUCUCCUCAAACUCAAGAAGAUGAUUUUAUUGAAAUCCAAAGCGAGACUGGUACAGCCCUCCAGAGAUUCAUGGUCAGACAGUUGAGCCUGAUCAAGCAGGUGAUAAGGAACUUGAUGUCUCUUGCUGCACCUAACCUGAGACUCCACGGGUUGUUCAUUGGCAUUGUCUGGUUUUCAAUGGCGUUUAGUUAUUACGGCCUUUCGGUGUGGUUUCCUGACCAGAUAAAACACUUGCAGUAUGAAGAAUAUAAGCUUAACACCAAGACAUUUUCUCAUAACACCAUUGUAUGGUUUCACUUCAACUUUUCUUUGAAAAACCAGAUUCACGAGAAGUGCCAUUAUGAGAAAGAUCGGUUUAUUGACAUGGAGAUGAGAAACGUAAGGUUUAAAGAAUGCCUGUUUACAAGCUGUUACUUCGAGGACAUCAGUUCAACAGACACCUUGUUUGAGAACUGCACCAUCACAGACACUACUUUCUAUCGCACAGAUUUAUAUCAUGAUACCAAUUUCAUCAACUGCAACUUCAUCAAUGUCACAUUUCUGCAUCCCAAAGAAGGUUGCCAUAUAAACUUUCAGGAGGAAAAUGACAUCUUGAUUUAUUUAGUCAGUUUUCUGGGCAGCUUGUCUGUGCUACCGGGCAACAUCAUUGCAGGGCUCCUGAUGGACAAGAUAGGACGAAUUAAGAUUAUAGGAAGCUCCAUGCUGAUGUCCUCUGGCUGUACUUUCUUCCUCUUCCUCUGCUUCAAUCCUGGUGCUGUGAUCAGCUUCCAAUGUCUGUUCUACGCAGCGUCUGCAGCCGCCUGGAACGGAAUUGACGUUAUAACGGUGGAGCUUUAUCCAGCCUCCAACAGAGCGACAGCUUUUGGUGUGUUGAAUGGUCUGGGCAAGUUGGCGGCCAUCAUUAGCACCUUCAUCUUCUCGAAGUUUGUUGGCGUCACUAAGAUUGUCCCCAUCUUACUGUCCUUCUCAGCUAUGGCAUGUGGAGGCCUGCUUGCGUUCAAGCUUCCUGAGACACGUGAAGUCAUUCUGCAGUAAUCGACAAAACCACUAACAAACGAAAAGCCAAAUUGUAGAAAUGUUAAGGCCUCAUACCAAUUCUCAGUCCAGCUGGGAACUUGACCUUCUCACACUAAGAGUGGUGGAAAAGUGAUUUCACUGUAUACAUGUUAAAAUUAUGUUUACUUAAAUUAGCUUACAGUUACACUAUAAGGUCAAAAGUAUGUAGACACCUGACCACCACACCUAUAUUUGGUUCUUUCCCCAAACUCUCAUCACACAAUUGUACAGAAUGUCAUUGUAUUCUAGUGCAUUACAAUUUCCCUUCACUGGAAAAAAGAGGACAAAACCUGGUCGUGUACAAAAUGAGCUCCAUGAAGACAUGGUGUGUUAAGUGUAGAGUGGAAGAAUUUGUGUGUCCUGCAUAUAACUCUGGCUUCAAACUGAAGAGCUUCAGGCUGUCGCCAGGCCUCAUGAGUGCCAUCCAUCCAUGCAUCCAUCCAUCUAUCCAUCAAGGAACCUCUGUAGUCCAACUAGGCACCAGUGGAGGCCAGUAAUGAUUACAAUUUCAUUUAUUACCAUUUUACAACCGUGAAAGGACCUCUGGUCAACAUUCGCAUGUGCAUUCACACACAGCAGGAAAUUUGGGAAAGUCAUUUAGCCUCAUCUGUGUGUCUUUGGACUGUGGGAGGAAACCGGAAUACCCGGUAGAAACAAAUUCAACGAAUGUGUUGGUCAGGUGUCCAUAAUCUUUUUACCAUAUAGUUUAUUUGUUUUUAUUUGACAGACAGACUCAUUAUAAAUGAGAUUAAUAAGAACCCAAUGAUAGCACAGAGCUGAGCAGAUAAAGGUCUUGCUUAAAUAAGGGCCGUACCCUGAAUCUGACUGGGAAUUGAUCAACCCCUGUACUGCUUUAUUAGUUUUACAAAUCAGCAAAACAACCAAUCUAAUGAAACUAAAGAUGAACAACUUAACCAAGGAUAUAUGAUUAUAGAAAAACUAAGCAGCACAAACAAAUGGAGUUAAGUACAGUAUAGUUCAGUGAGAUGAAGG